AAUCCUUAAGUAUGACAUUCUAUUUUUUCCAGUCCUGUGCCCAGUGUGCAGAAAAUACCACCUGUGCCAGAUUAUGCAAAUCUUUGUUAUGCAGAAAAAUCACCGAGAAAAAUCUCUCGUGCAUUACUAACAGCGAUGAGUCCAGUCCUUUUACUUGUGGACAAGUAAGGAAGAUGUCUGGCAGUACUGGGCAAGAUCCACUCCAGGACAGAGGGAUCCUUGCAUGCCACCGAGUAGGCAUAAGAGCUCUUAUGUCAUCCCCUCUGCAGGUGGGGGAGAGGGUACAAGAAUAGUUGAAAUCUACUUGAAACAUUUAUUCUUGAGGUUCCUCAGGGGUCAAUGUCUGAAAUAAAUUAAAUGAGGAGGUAGGAUAAAGUUCUGAAAAUAUGAUUAGUGGGUUUCUUUCUAGGGCUGUCAAAUGCAAGUGUAUUGCACAGAGCCUAACCUUCAAAUGCAGGCCACAUUGCCAUGGCAACUGAAUAAAUCCCCGAGCUCUGAAGGAGAGGCAAUAGUGCUGAGCAAAUGCUGACAGGUAAAACCAACCCACCACCACCUCAGCAAAAAGUAAUGACAAACAUGUGCAGUGGCUUCAUGGGAGUGAUGGUGAGAUCUGGGUCUGGAUUAUGGGAGACUCCCCAGGUGACAAGCCAUAUGAACAGAUUUCUGAGGAACUAAUAGCAGAACGAGCCAGGCAGCAAGCACAGAAGGAAGCAGAAGAACUAUGGAAGCAAAAAGAGGCUGAAAUUACAAAGAAAUUCCGGGAUGCUAUGGCUAAGGAGAAAGCCAAAACAGUGGCAGAAAAAUGGAAAAUAGAAACAGAAGAUCGAAAAGCCAAACUGAUGGAGGAAAAAAUUCAGGAGGAAUUAAAGAAAAGAGAGGAAGAAGAGAGGCAAAGAGGUGAAGAACAGAUACGACAGCAGGAGGAACUUAGAGCAAAAGAGUUGUACUUGAGCCUCAAGCAAGCUCAACAGCACAGCCAACAUAAUGAACAUGAGGAUGAGGAGUGGAAAGAACAGUUGCGCCGCUCAAAGGCUGCAGAUGAGGAAAGGAGCCACAAAGCACGCAGGGCCCGGGAUGAAUAUCGACGGCAAUCCUUACGAGCCAUCCAGAAAGGAAAAGUGGCUGGCUUGAGUAACCUGUUCAAGGGGACCAGCCUGAAUAAUGAACCAGUGAUAAAGCUGAAUAGCAACAAUCCUAGCCCACUAAUGACGCUCACUGCACCAGCCAGGAAAGCUUGGGAACGUCCUUCUAGACCCAAUUCCAGAGAAAUCCUCAUUCAUUGGUUCAAGGAGGAGCAGCUUCCACGACGUGCUGGGUUUGAGAGGAACACCUGUGCUGUUGCGCCCUGGUUUCACGGUAUUAUUAGCCGCCAGGAGGCAGAAGAGCUGCUAAUGAACAAGUCUGAAGGAGCAUUCCUGGUGCGGGUCAGUGAGAAAAUCUGGGGCUACGCCUUGUCUUAUCGCCAACAGAGUGGGUUCAAACACUUUUUGGUGGAUGCUUCGGGGGAUUUCUACAGUUUCUUGGGCGUGGAUCCCAACCGGCAUGCGACACUCACGGAUCUUAUUGAUUUUCACAAGGAAGAAAUUAUCACAUCCUCAGGUGGAGAGUUACUACUGGAACCAUGUGGACAGAGGAAGAACCCACCUGACUACAGUUCUUUAUUUGAAUGACUGUUUUCAGUCUUUAGGACUAGAAUGAAAAUCCUAUGGAUAGUUAAAAUAGUAUGUUAGUUAUCAAAUCUUCAGUCACUAGCUGUUUGAACAGCAAACUACCACCACUAAAAGGUCCUAGAAGCAACCGUUUGAUACCUGAUUUGUGGUAAUUAUUUAUGUCACCAAGAGUUUAAAGAUGGGAGAAUACUGACUGACUACAGGUGAAGACAAUCCCCAGUGGUCCUUCUAAGAGAUGUGGUCAACUGGCAUUGACACUCAAGGUUAUUUUAAGUUUUCAACUAAUGUCCAGGGUUGAAAAUGCUAACUGACAUGACUUUAAGAAGGAAGGUGAACUACUCUAUGCAUUCAUAAGACAUUGUAUGAAAUACUAAUAUGUUGAAUUAGGUUCUUUCCUGUGACAUCGAGUUUGCUAGUUUCCAAUGACAAUCUCAUCAGUCAGUCUUGCAGUUUUGCAAAUGGACUUUAAAAACUUGUGUAAUUUGUGAUAUCUUAUUGUUUACUUUCAAAUUCAGGCCUAUAAAGUGAAGUUUCCCUCAGAGCAGACAGUCCCCACAAGACCCUGUGCACUAUUAAAGACUUUAUGGGUCCAGUGGCAAUGGAAAGCCUUUCACCUAUUUUAUAGAAGAUGGUCAAUUAUUCGGCACCAUGUAGCUAAUCACUGUUUCCAACAGGGAAAAAAAAACACCUACAAGAUUUAAAACUUUCACAAAUCAUUUUAUGUUGGGAAUGUAAUUUUGAAACUUGAAGUAAUGAAUGAAUUAAGGAUGGGGAAAUCACUCUGGAUAAAAUAUGAAGUGACCUGAAUCUUCACCCAAAACUUUAGCCAAUCCCUGACAUUUCUCUACUUUCAAUGAUGCCCAAGCCACAUCUUGCAGUUUCCUGGCUUCACUUUUUUAUAGUUCCAGACACUCCCUUACCAGUUCUGCUAGCCGAGGAGUUAGACAGAUCCAUGUAUAAGGCAUGAAGUAUUUAUUAGAUAUCAUGCCUGUUCACUUUUACAUAUGAGGCAGAGAGCUCUUAAAGCAUUUGUUACAGCAACAUACUAAAUAUCAGAACACAUAUAAAGGAACAGGUAUACCGAAGUGAGUAACUUAGGGUAGCUGCUUAGACUUAGUAGAUUGAUAAGUUGGAGAUCAUUCCAUUAGACAAGUUAUGAAGUAUAAAGAAGAAGAGUUUUAAAGAACUCUCACUGGCCUCCUGGUUUGCUUUCAGGUCCCUUUGCAAGGAGCUGGCAGUUGGACUCAGCUGGGGUAUACAGAUGUUUCCCCUUUCAGUUCCUCAGAUCCUAUUCCUCCCUUCCCCGGGAGGGCAUCAUUUCAGAAUUGUCUGGCCAUGCUGAAGGUUUGUUUACAACAUAUAGCAUAAUGUAUUUGAUAUGAGUCAUUCUCAGUGGAGGGACGUAAUUGAAAUGGCCUUGUGACUCCUUAAGUGAGUAGUUUCUCCAUCCUUUUCAGAUACUUAGGGCCCAUUUUGAAUAAUGAGGGACUUUGCCCGCAGCUACAUCUCACAUCUCAUUUCCUUUGCCUGUUCCUUGAAAUUCUUCCCUCUUAACUCCAACCUUUGUGCCUCUCUCUCACUUUCAGCUUUGUGCCUAAAUUCAUAAUAUUCUCAUGCUUGGAACAGCCUCACAAUUCAUAUGUGCCACUCUCCCACAUCCCCUUAGAACCUUUUUCUUAUUGUUGAAUCCCUUCCUCCUGAGAGGGUGACUCCAUUUGUUUGUGCCCUUGAAUGGGUAUCCUGUGUAUUGUAUCUUUCAGAAUUAGACUGUAAGCUGAUCUUCAGGGGAAGGGACCUUGUCUUUACAUGUUUGUUAAGCACCACCAACACUUAUGGUGUUACACAUAAUAAAUGCUCUUCAUAAUGCUUCAUAAUGCUCUUCAUAAUGACAGCAGCUUUCCUCAUUAUUGCCUCUUCCCAUCCUUGUUGAAAUCAGAAAAUUCAGACAUGUCUUGCAAUAUCAUAUAGGAUAUUUUCCAUUUGUUAACGUUAGCUUUUUGUGAGAUUAAAUCUAUCUGUGUUUGUGAUUUGUGAGGAAGAAUUUCAGUUAGCUUUCCACAGAGGGAAAUUUAGUUGGACAGUUUCUAUGUGAUUUGCAUUGGUCACAUUGGCUCAGGUUUCUGUAUUACCUCAAAAGGUUGUCUAAGAAGUUAGGGUUCAGUCUAAAUUAUAAUCAGGGCUCACUGAGUGUAUUGUUCACUUUCUGGAUCAGCCAUUCUCAUCAUAGGGUACUCUGAUGUGAAUGCAACUAAGAUUUCUUCACCAAAUAUGUUUGGAAAAUUAGGAUAGUCUUUUAAGAGGCUGAUAUCUUGGGAAGCAGUGUGACCUAGCAGUUUGAAUGGGUGACUGGGAGUCAAGAGGUCUGGGUUGUCUUCAGAACUUGGCCAUUGGCUCAACAGUGGAACUCUUGCAAGUCACUGAGUCUUUGUGCUUCAAUUUACCAUCCUGGAAAAAGGGGAUAAUAAUACAGACUCCUCCACUUUUGUAAACUGUUUUCAGAUCCUCAGAUAAAAUGUUAUGUAUGCUGAAAGUAGGACACAUUGUUUUCCAAUUCUUUUCAGGUUUACCUCCCUGUAGUAUUCAGCAUCUACAAUUAUGAGAAUAUUUGUGUACGUAAAGUUGAAGCUGCCUUGUUCUGUAUAAAGAAUUCAUAUUCAUAAGAUGUUGGCAAUAACAAAAUUAUUCUUUUCUAAAUUAUACAUUUCCCAGGAACUGUCUACAUUUUUGGAUAUAGGACAAGAAAACUUGAAAGUUUGGAUCUUUAGCCUACCUGUCCUGUCCUAAUUAAUAUGUAUGAGACAACCAAACAGUUUUCAAUUCAUGAUAUAUUUCCUACUUUUUUGGGUCUGCAUUCCAUGCAUGUCUCAUAUUUUAGGUUUUACCUGGCUUUAAAAUAAAUUCCUUGUAAGUUCUCCUGCAAAUGAAAUUACUAGCUGGAAAACCGCAAUUUCAUCUUGAGAGUUUUAUUAUGUUAAUAAAUGUCAGGAUUCUCAAAUAAAGGAAUUGCUUUUUUUCCACAGCCCCACAGAAG